GCUAAAACAGUCGAGAUCGCACCGCAAAAAGUUCCAGCACUCUAAAACGCUAUAACAACAAAUCGCGAUGCUAAACUUCCUCUUCAUCAAUCGAGAAGGCGCCCUCACCACCAUCACCAACUUCACAUUCGCCAAUUCCACCACAUUACUCUACCCCAACGACACCGCCUCUCUCGAAAAUCCCGAAUCCUUCGACCUCUACCCCUUCGGCAUCGUCCUUUCGUUCACCAUCAUCUACGCCAUCAUCUUCGUAGCGGGAAUCAUAGGCAACGUCGGCACUUGUGUGGUGAUAGCGCGCAACAAAUCCAUGCAGACCGCCACCAAUUACUAUUUGAUCAGCCUGGCCGCCUCCGAUUUGCUACUGUUGCUCUCCGCCCUGCCGUUCGAGGUGUACAAAAUGUGGUCGCAGGACAACUACGUGUUCGGCCAGGGUUUUUGCACGGCCCAAGGACUGGCCGCCGAAACUUCCGCCAACGCCACCGUUUUGACCAUCACCGCUUUCACGGCAGAAAGAUACGUGGCGAUUUGCCAUCCGUUUUUGGCGCACGCCUGGUCGAAACCGAGCAGGGCCGUACGCUACAUAAUUUGCAUAUGGGCCAUAGCAUUGGGCCUGGCCGUACCGCAGGCCAUACAAUUCGGCGUGGUGAGCGAAUUGAUCGACGGCCGGUACGUGAACCAUUGCAACGUGGAGAAUCCGUUCUUCGAGCAUUCGUUCGAGAUAUCGACGUUCGUGAUAUUCUUCGUGCCGAUGGCCGUCAUCACGGUGUUGUACGUUCUGAUCGGGCCACCGAUCGCCAUGGAACAACCCAAAGUGUUCGUUAUCGUCCAAACCGGCGCGAAUUUCACCCUCCAACAACAAACCAAUUACACCAACAGCGAGGCCAUCGACUUGUACCCCUUCGGCAUCGUCCUAACCUUCACCGUCAUCUACGCCAUCGUCUUCGUCGCCGGCCUCGUCGGCAACAUCAGCACCUGCGUGGUGAUAGCCCGCAACAAAUCCAUGCAGAACGCCACCAACUACUACCUCUUCAAUCUGGCCGUGUCCGAUCUGUUGCUGCUCAUCUCGGCGUUACCAUUCGAAAUCUACAAGAUCUGGUCGGAGGACGAUUAUGUGUUCGGUCAGGGAUUGUGCACCGCCCAAGGGCUGGCGGCGGAGACUUCCGCGAACGCCGCCGUCCUCACCAUCACCGCCUUCACAGUCGAACGAUACAUAGCCAUCUGCCAUCCAUUCCUCGCCCACGCCUGGUCCAAACCGGGCAGAGUAGUACGCUACAUCAUCUUUAUAUGGAUCAUCGCCUUGGGCUUGGCUCUUCCGCAGGCCAUCCAGUUCGAGAUCAUCGAGGAAUUCAUCGACGGCAGGUACACCAGCCACUGCGUGAUGCAGAAGCCGUUCUUGGAGCAUUCGUUCGAAUUGUCGACGGUGUUCUUCUUCGUGGUGCCGAUGAGCGUGAUCACGGUGUUGUACGUGAUGAUCGGGAGGCGGUUGAGGCGGAGUUACAGCGUGAGGCCGACGAAGAGGACGUCGUCGGACGGCGGGGAUCGGGAGAUCGGCAGGAAGAUCAGAGGAGAAUAUGUGAUUAAUGCCAAUUUAAAAUUAGAUCCGAUGUCUGUUGCAGUUGUGGUGGCCUUCUUCAUCUGCUGGGCGCCCUUUCACGCCCAAAGAUUGCUCGCCAUUUAUCUAUCGAACGCUUCGGAAGAUGUCCAGAACAUGUUCGCAGGUUUCUACCUGUAUUUAAUGUACAUAUCCGGCCUGCUGUACUUCAUAUCGACGUCGGUGAAUCCCUGCUUGUACCACAUAAUGUCCAAGAAAUUCCGAAAGGCUUUCAAGGACACUUUCGCCGAAUUGUGCUGUUGCAAAAAAACCUCAAACGGCCAUUACGCGGCCAUCAGGCGGAUACCGCCGAAGAUGCGCGACAUACCGCGAUCCGUUUCGGACAACGUGGCCUCGAAUCUGCAGAAAACCGGCGAGCGCCCGAACAAACGGAACGAUUCGAAGGUAUCGGACAGCAGCCGGAGCAGUUUUUUAUCGAAUUCGAGCCGCAGCACGUCGUUGUACGACAGAAACAAAUCGAUCGCGUCCGAGCACGAGGGCGACAAAAAUACCGCGUUACUGCCGUUUAAAUUCAGCAGGAUAUUCGGUAAGAGACACUCCGACAGCGCUGCGAUCAGUAAUUCGAGUUUAAGGGAUACGGACGUUACGGAGUUCAAUCACAGUGAUCUUGUUAAAAAUAUGAUUAAAAUAAACGAUAAUAUUAACUAA